ACGCGGAGGUAGCCCGGCAAGGGCAAGUCCUCACGCCCACCUGCAAGGUGGUCCUCGCCGCCGGGGCCUGCACGUUGUUCUGCGCCGUUACGCUCUGCCGAGAGUUCCCCGCUUUUGCCUUCGGCACUGCCUAUCCGCGGAGGCCGGGCAGUAGCUGCCUGCCUUUGGCUUUGUCUCUGCUCCGGCGCCCGGAAGCGCUGCCGGAAGGAGAUCGGUCUCACCUCGCGGAGGCAGGCGGGGGGCGGGGGGCAGGGGGCGGGAGGUUGGUAAGCGACGCCGAGCGGCCACUGGACCUGCGGAGGUGCCCGAGUGGUGGUAGUACUGGUAAUGGAAAUCAUAAACAUAUGAAGAGAUUUGCUGGAUGUGAAGUAUAACUUUUCAGAACCACCUUUGUUUUGUGCUGUGUUUAUUGCAACAAUGUCUGGGAGAUUGACUCUUCCACAACUGCUUUUUGCUGGAGUCCUUGGACUUGCUGGAGGAAUAUAUAUUUAUCAACCAAUAUUUGAACAAUAUUCCAGAGAGCAGAAGGAAUUAAAAGAAAGGGUGAAAUUGGCACAAGUAUCAGAGGACAAGAAAAGUUAAUACUACCUGGAGUUGAAUUGUAAUAAUUGAUUAAAGAUCUGCUGAAAUUAUACAUUAACUGUAAAUAACCUAGGAAAAAUUUAGAUAUAUUUUAAACUUAAAUAAAUCAUGGAUAGUGAUUGUCAAUGAUUUUUUAAAACUAGCACCGUUAAUGUUUUAUUUGCCAUUUUAAAUCUUUAUCAGAACAAAUUAGUAACUUCCUUUUAAAAAAACUCUGUCUUUAGGGUAAUAUAUAAAUUGAUAUAAUUGGUACCUUUAACAGUUUAGUGUGAACCUUUGAGAUGUUUUCUUCCAUGAACUCAAAAAUAGCUUGCUUCAAAUGUCAAAUGUCUGUUAUGUUCUGGAGGCUUCGGUUGGCUAAGUCUGUGUGUCUUCUAAUUCUGGGACCCAAGUUCAAUGAAUAACUCUUAUCUGAGCUCUGAUAGUAUAGGAGAGAAAGACUGAGAGGAAGCGUAUGAUGGUAAGCUUUUGCUCAGCUGUGGCAAAUAUCAUUAUCAUUUCAUAAUUUUGUUGGUUUAAAGCAUGAAACAUGGUCAAUCCCAAAGUCAAGGCAAGGACAUGGAUUAUUCCCACAGGAUGUACAACCAAGUCACAUGACAAUAAACAGAACUAUGUAAUCAUAUAUCCAAGGAAUAAUAAUCCUAAUACAUUAAACUAAAUUGCUUUCGAUUCUUCUUUUGAGAUGUAUUCAUUGGCCAGUUGAGAAGUCACAUACCAAGUGCUAGAGGCUGAGGUUUUUGUUUUUUUCUGAUAAAGAUGUGAAAUCAAAGCCACAGGACUAGAGUAUAGCUCAGUAAUAGAGUGCUUAACACGCACAAAGCCCUGGGUUCUGUCCCUAGCACCAAGAAAAGAAAACCAAAAACCAAGCAAACUAUAAUGAAAUACCUCUUUACAGUCAUUAGGACAAUUAUAAUAAAAAAGACAAAAAAUGUGGAUGUGGAGCAAAUGGAAUCACCAUGCAUUGCUAGUGGAAAUAUAAAAUGGUACAGCCAUUUUGCAAAAGUUUGGCAGUUCUUCAAAAGUGGUUGAACUUAAUUACCAUAUGACCCAGCAGUUCUAGAUAUACACCAAAUAGAACUGAAAACAAGUUUGUACUAAAGCUGUGCAUGAGUGUUCAUAGCAGUAACAUUCAUAAUAGCCAGAAACUAUGAACAACUAAAAUAGCCAUCAACUGAUGAAUGGAUAAAUAAAUGUGAUAUAGCUCUAUAGUGGAAUAUUAAUCAGCCAUAAAAAUGAGGUACAUGUUACAGCAUGGAUAAAACUUAAGAGCAGCUUUUGAGGGCUGUGGUUGUAGC